AAGACGCUGCUGAGGCGAAAAACCAGGAGAAAAGAGAGACUGUGAGAAGAAAGAAGACUCCUUCUUUGUCUCACAGCUGCUUUUCAUUUCAGUGGCUAACCAACAGAAACAGAUGCAUUCAUGGCAUGUGAAACAGGACAGUAAGGUCGUCUCCAGUGUGGUUGAUGGUUUGAAUCCGGUCUCUCUGUGAUGCAGUCAGUAGGAUGAACUCCACAGCAGCAGCAGCAGCAGCUGGAGGCACCAAGUCGACUCCACCAGAGCUGGAGCAGAAGGAGAGCCGGCAGUUCAAGAGCAAAGCUCCCAAACGAGGACAGAAAGGAGUCAACAGCCACGACCCAGCCAUGCAAGGUCUGGAUGACGCUGCAGUGGUUUGUCCCUGGGAGGAAUACGGAGACGUGGAGCUGAGCGAACUGGCCCAGUUUGGAACCGUUUAGCCCUGAGGAAGACUUCCUGCUGUUCCCCCUUCAUCCUGAGGAUGAGGAG